AUGCUUAUACUUCUUGUCUUUUAUCUUGUCAAGAGCUCUUCUUCAGGCCUUCCAUGUGGUGAAGUGCCGUCUGUAGAAUCGAGUGUAGUGAAAGUGUUGGACUCCGGUGAGCCAAUUGUCGCGAGCUCUUCUGCAGGCCCCUCGUGUGUGCAAAUGUUGGACUCUAGCGAGCCACUUGUACCCAUGACUGUGUCAUCGGAACCAGUAGCUGGUUGUUCCCGCGCCACCGUUCCCAGUACCGUGUCAGUACCGCCGCCUGCAUCGCCGGCUUCGUCUGAGAGCAGCGUGGGUGAUGUGUAA